AUGGCCACCGACCUCUGGCGCCUCGACCGGCGCGAGAUACUCGCGCUAGUGCACCAGUUCCUGCAGAACGAGGGCCACCUCGGAGCUGCCAAGGAGCUCGACGCGGAGCUCUGCGAGGUGGGCGCGGCGCCGAGUGUGCCGGUGAGGCAACUCGAGCACCUGCUCAAUCUUGCACUGAGCCAUGCGCACGGGCUCCCCGGCGACACCGGCUCGGAGGCCACGCAACGCACGCUCGCGGCCAAGCUCGGCCGCGCCGGCAGCCACGGCGCCGGCAGCUCCUCUGCUCUCCACGCGAGCCUCUUGACGCGAGACUGGGCCUCCAGUCGCCUCUACGGCGCGAUCCGCUCGGAGCUGAGCGAGGAGGAGCGACCCGCCUCGCGCGGCCGGGACGCGGCGGCAGCCCAGCCGCCGGCGGGGAACGAGGGAGGGAGGCCCGCUCUGAACGGGGGAGGGGGGGCGGGUGGCGGGGAGGGCGCAAGGCAGGGCGCAAGGCAGGGCGCAAGGCAGGGCGGAGGGGAGGGCGGUGCGGCGAGCCGGCCUGGCGUGGCAGAGGGCGGGCAGACGCAACUUGCGGCGCGGGAGGAGGCUGUGGAGAGCGAGGCGGAGGAGGGGGAGGCGGAGGAGGGGGGGGCGGAGGAGGGGGGGGCGGAGGUCUCGGGAGGCGCGCGUGCGGACGAGGCUGGUCGCGAUGCGGUGCUGGGGUCGGAGGGGGCGGCUGGGACAGGAGAUGGGGAGGGAGAGGCAGAGGGCGGGGCGGAGGAGGCGGAGGAGGCGGAGGAGGCGGAGGAGGCGGAGGAGGCGGAGGGGGUUGCGGAGGAGCCGGCGGUGCUCGACGACGCGCGCGGGCUCGACCGCCUCUUUGCGCGGGGCCUCUGUCCGAGCGUCUUCUUCAUUCGUCCUUGCGACCUGCCUUGA